CAUACAUUCCAGUCAAUUCAACCAUCAUUUCAAUUAAUCUGCAUUAUAUAUAUACCCUCUUUUGAGUUUCACAACACCAAGUCGUACGAUUCCUUACUUCAGCCUUUAACUUUCAGUUGAAUUAACUCCGCACUGUCCACUACUACUACUAUUUUUUCAAGAAUGAACCAUUUCUCAAUAUGCUACUCCGACCCAAUUCCUAAUCCAUCAUCCCCUGAUUUUCCAGAUUCUUCAUCAACUUCGGACAACGUAGUCAAUGCCUGCAAAGCCAAUUACUCGGACGAAGAAGUGCUCUUAGCUUCCAAUAAUCCCAAGAAACGUGCAGGCAGGAAAAAGUUUCGCGAAACCAGGCAUCCCGUGUACAGGGGCAUCAGGAGAAGGAACUCUGGCAAGUGGGUCUGUGAAGUCAGAGAACCCAACAAGAAAUCAAGGAUAUGGCUGGGCACAUUCCCCACUGCGGAAAUGGCUGCUAGAGCUCAUGACGUGGCGGCUAUUGCCCUCAGAGGCCGCUCUGCUUGUCUGAACUUUGCUGACUCUGCUUGGAGGCUGCCCGUUCCGGAAUCCCCCGAGCCUAAGCACAUUCAGAAGGCUGCCGCCGAGGCCGCUGAGGCCUUUAGGCCGUCGGAGUCGUGUGAUGGGGUAUCAUCAGUUGCCUUUGGUGAUGAUGCUAAUAAAGAGGAAUGUGGAUCAGUGGCAUUCCCGGAAAAUGUUUUCUUCAUGGAUGAGGAUGCGGUUUUUGGCAUGCCUGGCUUGAUUGCCAAUAUGGCAGAAGGAUUGAUGCUGCCUCCACCCCAAUGUGGAGUUGGGGAUGACCUCGAACUUGAAGCUAAUGCUGAUAUGUUUCUAUGGAGCUAUUCGAUUUGAUUUACUGGUGAUAUGUAGAAGUACUCUGUAGUUGGUGGAUCGUAGUAGUAGUACUUUUUGCUAGUACUAGACUACUAGCUUGCUACGAACUGCGUAGUAAAUUAUCUAUUCCGUACUGCAGUUUUUGGGGACCUGUACGGAUAGUGUGGAACGCAAUGUACAAAACAAAAGUAAGAGUAGGUUGUACAGUUAGUUAAAUAACUACUGCCAAGAGAGCACUUCUUGUUGUUCUAUGUAAGUGUGAAAGUAAUGAAAGAUUACCACCAUUUGCCUGAUGACAGGUACUGGUGUGUGAAUGAAUGUUCGUGA